GUUGUUCUUUGUAUACUCAUGUUGUGUUGAUGUGUUUAUGAACAGUCACCUACGCGUCAAGUACCUCCCUAAAAGUUCUUAUUCCGUUAUAUUCAUUCCCCUUUCCAAGUUUGGCGACUCGGACUUGAACAUCACAUCUACCAUACAGUGAGAACCCAUCCACAUUUGCAGGGCAUUCCACAACUCGAGAUGUACUCGACUUUUGUAAACGCAUUAUUGCUCGCCCUUCCGGUCGUGGUGUCGGCCCAGGGACUUCUCAGCGCGCAGUCCUACACUGACCCCAACACGGGCAUGACACUCUACGGCAUCGUGGUCGACAAGGGCUACCGCUUCGGCAUGGUGAUGCCCAAGAAGCCAACCACCGACUUCAUUGUGCACCUGGUAUCGCCUCUGAAGAAUGGUGCCGGAUGGGGUGGCGUCGGAUUCCGGGCCAACAUGAGGGGCACACUGCUCCUCAUAACAUGGCAACACCGAGGAGGCAGAGAGAUGAAGAUCAAGACACUAACAGAAUUCCAAAACAGGCCCAAUGGAGACAAAGUAAUGACAAGCCCACGCAUAGCCACGGCUUACCGAUCUGAUGGCGUGGUCCCGUACCGCGUCCACCCCAUCACCCUCGUCCCAAUCCAGCAAGGAACCUUUGUCAACACAACGCACAUCUCCUCGACAUUCCUCUGCCGCGGCUGCAUCAAUGCAGACUCUUUCGACCCGACAUGGGGCAACACCCGCAGCGUCUUCUUCACCUACGCCUACUCCAUGAGUCCGGUCGAGAACCCGGGCACCGCCGACGCGGCUAUUCUCCACGACCAUCUAUCUGCAGACGGUGGCUAUGGCGCGUUCAGCGUGGAACUUGACAGUGCAAAAUCCGACAAGUAUGAGACUUACGGUGCACUGGCCAAACCAGGUGGUGGUCCGGGUAGCAGCCAAGCCACCGCCAGGCCAACGAGACUCCAUUCAACGCCGCUGUCGGCAUCAGAUGUCCCCUCCGCGACCGGGACGUCUGGCUGUUCGGGUUUGAGAGGCAGCAUGCUGGGAGGAUCAAACUUCAGUCACGGGUGGAUGUCGCCGCUGAUCGUUAUGACUCUGAUGAUUCUUGGUGUGGUAUAUCUGGCGCAAGCCUUCUAG